UGUAGCCCGCCUCAUUAUGACACCAUAGUGGUUGGGCUGGGCGCUGCGGGCGCGACCGCGGCGGCUGCGCUGGCGACCGCCGGGCGGCGCGUGCUAGCCAUCGAGGCGCAGCCGCGAGUGGGGGGGAGGGUGCAUACUGUGGCCCUCGGGGACGGGGUGGUGGAGCUGGGGGCGGAAUGGAUAGUGGGCACCAAGAGCAGCCGGGUCUUCGACAUGGCGACGCAGCACAACAUCACCAUCGUCCCCCAGGACCCGACCAUGCUGUCCUACCUCUCCGAUGGCUCGCCAGCAGACUCCCAGCUGGUGGACCAGCUUUUCCUCCAGGUCGAAGCAGAGGGGCCUGGUAUACCGGAGGCGCAGGGGAAUUACACCACGCGGAAACUAAUGGAAGAAAUCACAAAAAAUCAUCCCCAUUUGCUUAAGGACGAAGAUUUCAUAUCUGGACUACUGCAAUUCCUGAACCUGUAUGUCAAUUACUUGGAGGGUUCUAGCGACUGGAACGACGUGACUACUGGAGGGUAUUACGAGGACUUGGCAGGCCACAGGUCCGUGAGCUGGGCUCGCCAUGGUUACAACACCUUCUUCGAUAUUAUGCUGAACACAUACAACGGGGGUCCCGGUCUACCCAACCUGGACAUAAAGCUUAACAAGGAGGUGCGGGUCAUCAGGGCCCCGCAGCGCCCCACCGAGCGCGUCACUGUCGAGUGUAGCGAUGGCAGCUCCUACGAGGCCGAUAGCGUCAUAGUCACCGUGUCCCUCGGGGUUCUCAAGGACAAAUAUUCUUCACUUUUCUCACCGGCUCUGCCCGAGGACAAACAGACAGCCAUAGAGAAAAUCAGCAUGGGCGUGUUGGACAAGAUCAUGAUACAAUUUGACGAAGCUUGGUGGCCGCUGAAUGUAAACAGGUUUGGGUUCAUAUGGAAGGGCGAGGAUAUCAAAAAAGUACCGGUUUCAGACCACUGGGUCACCAAGAUUAUAGGGGCCCACCGGCCCGUGGGGUCCAGUAACGUUCUGACUUUGUGGACCAGUGGGGACAUUGCUAAGGAGGUGGAGACGCUUCCAGAAGAACAGGUGAAGACGAAAUCCGUCGAACUGCUGCAGAGAUUCAUGGGUGACACCCUGAACAUCACUGUACCACAGCCUACUGCUAUCAUCAGAUCAACCUGGUACUCGAACCCAUACACCCGCGGCAGCUAUACUUAUGACAACACCCUCACGCCGCAGUACCCAGACGCGCGCGAUUGGCUCGCGAGGCCGCUUGUGGACUCUUCAGGGGCCCCGCGCGUCCUGUUCGCCGGCGAGGCCACAAGUCGUCGCCAUUUUGGCACCGUGCACGGCGCCAGUGAGACUGGCCACAGGGAGGCCAUACGAUUGGUCAAUAAGAGUUAUAAGAACUAA